AUGAGCUUCAGUCUGGCUUUCUCAUGUGUGCCCCUGCUGCAAGACAUUAUACUAGUUUUAAAAUCAAACUUGCUAUCAACUCUCUCAACUUUCCUUCAAUCAAUCAAUCAACAUGACACAUUGGGCGGACAGAGUUUCACAAACUUUGAAUACUGGUACUUGGAGGGAUCUCUCCAACCGACUUCAGAUUUCUCUCCAUCCUUCUCGGACUGUCUGCCAUCAAAGAACAACCCUUCAAUCAGUCCUCCCACCAUGCCAGCCAAGAAACAACCUGCAUUCAGGUGGGCAACAAGAGGGAACUCAAUCGCACCUAGUUUACCUACACCCGAGGGAACUCAGUCAACCAGUCUCAUACAGACAAAUUUAGAGCUAGUCAGUCAGGAGCUUCAUGCCACAGUGGAUAUCCUCCAAGGCACUCUGGACUCGCUCGGACUGGCUUCCAAUUGUACCAUGAACACAGCCGUGUUCACUCAAAGUGGUGAAGAUAGCACACAAUCACAACUUUCAGCUCAUGCUUGGUCUCAGUCAGUCAUACGUGCUGACAUGGCAAAGACAAUUGAGAUGAUUCAAAGCAAGAUGCAUGAAUUACAUGAAUCUGCUCAAUUAGUGGUUUCCUCACAACUGAAGCUUGAAUUCCCAAAGAUAGUACGGGCAGUCGUCCAGAAUCUGAAGGAGAAUGGCAAUUUGGAGAAUGCACUUCAAAAAUCUGAGAAUGAAAUCUGUGAAAAUGUGAGACUUACUUGCUUGAAGAUUGAGAAAACCAGUGAAGAAUAUACCCACAUCAACACCAAAAAGUACCAAGAACACUGCACCAAAGACCUUGUAGCUCAGAUGGUCAAAAUCCGCACUACAGUGACUGAAAAUCAUCAACUGGAAAAAAAGUGGCAUGACGAGGUAUUUCCAUUAACACUGGAGAGUCAUUGCAAUGAAAACUAUCUGAAAUUUCAGGCGCAAGUAGAUAAAGUCCAAAAAAAGUUGAUCAGCAUCAAGUCAAUGUAG